AUGGAAACCAGUAAACACCGUCAGGUUAGGUCCUCCAGAACAGAGGACGGAGAGAGCACAGCAGAGAUGUUUGAAAAUGUCCCGACAGUGUCCUCGACGGAGCGUCAGCAGGUGCUGGCAGCUCUGGAGCGUCUGCAGGCCAAACUGGUGCAGCGGGAGGAGUGGACCCACAGCGAAACCCUGGGAAACCUGCGGGAGACGCUGCAGAGCCCGCUCUUUAACCACAUCCUGACCCUUCAACACUCGAUCAAGCAGCUCCGCAGCCAGCUAAGCGCCAUGCCUCCAAACACCAGCAGCGAUUUCAGUUUCUCCAAAAAAGGUCAACUGAUCAUGAGCGUCGAUCCAGUCGGUGGCCCGGCCCCACCCACGCUAUCCGCGACCUCCUCCAUCCUCACCAAUGGCUCGUUUCCGCCCAAACGUCAGACUCCGCCCACACCUGACCUCCAGAAGUGGAUUCUUGAUGCUGCCAAGGGACGUCCCACUGACGUGGUCAGAUUGACUCGUCCUCUGACUGGCGGUCUGGGCUUCAGUGUGGUCGGUCUGAAUCCAACAGGAAGCAGUAGCCGCGGCGUCUUCAUCAAACACGUCCAGCCCGGAGGAAUCGCUCACAGGGAUGGGCGUCUGCAGGAGCGGGACCAGAUCCUAGUGAUAAACGGCAGUCCUCUGGAGCCGGGCAUCAGCCAGCAGCAGGCGCUCUCCCUCCUGCAGCAGCCUGGAGAGACGGUGGAGCUGGUGGUGGCCAGAGGCCGCCCACCUGACGCAUCGUUGCCGCCCACAACACCAAUCAACCCGGAUCAGUGGGACCACGUGGAGGAGAUCGAGCUGGUCAAUGAUGGAUCUGGUCUUGGUUUCGGCAUCGUGGGUGGGAAGACGUCCGGAGUGGUGGUCAGGACGCUGAUACGAAACGGUGUGGCCGACAGGGAUGGGCGCCUCCGCACAGGUGACCACAUCCUUCGAAUCGGGGCAACACCUACCAGCGGCCUCACCAGCGACCAGGUAGUCCAGGUGCUGCAGGGGUGCGGGAGCCGCGUGAACAUGCUCAUCGCCAGAGACCCCCAAGGUCAACAAGCAGCAGCACCUCCUCCCCCACCACCUCCUGUCUCUGCCCCCGUUUCCUCUUUACCACCCCAAACCCCCAAGCUGCCUCCCCAGAACCCGCCCCAGCGCCGUUUCAGCAAGGCGCCCAAUCUGGAAGGAUACGAGAUCCAUGAGGUUACUCUCUCCAAGAUGGAAGGACAGAGCCUCGGCAUCUCCAUCGUCGGCUACAACCCUCUGACCAGCCAAGAUGCAGUCGGUGUGUUUGUCAAACACGUGGUUCCCGGCAGCGCAGCGGAUCAGAGUGGGAACAUCCAAGUCCAAGACCGACUGAUCGCUCUGGACGGCGUCAGUCUGCACGGUCUGACCAACCAGGAGGUUCAGGAGGUGAUGAAGCAGACGGGUCAGACUGUCAUUCUCACUCUGGUCAGGAAGAAAGUCAGAGCUCUGGAGAGAUCGUUGGAUAAAGUGGAGAGAGAGCCUUCUCGAGUUUCUCUCAGGAGGUCAUCGGAGGUCAAAGCUCACUUGUCUGGGUUUGGAUCCACGAUGAUGAAGCAGGAAUCAACAGACCUAAACUCAGCACAGCUAAACAGGGAGGCAGAACUAAGGGCUAAGUGGGAGCAGGCUCUUGGACCGAAUUAUCAAGUCCUGAUGGUGAAUUUGGAUCCCGUGAUCGAAGACGAUGAAGAGCUGCAGAAGUCAUCGAAGCUGCUGCCUGUCCACACUCUGCGUCUUGGGGUCGAGUUGGACUCCUUUGAUGGUCAUCACUACAUCUCGUCGGUGGCGCCCGGAGGUCCUGUCGACAGACACGGAGUCCUGAGACCCGAAGACGAGCUGCUGGAGGUGAACGACGUUCAGCUGUACGGAAAGUCUCGCAGAGAAGUGGUGUCGUUCCUCAAAGAGGUGCCUCCUCCGUUCACUCUGGUCUGCUGCCGACACCCGAUCGCCGACCUGGAACCAGAAUCCGAAUCUGAACCAGAACCAGUACUACGACUAGAACCGAAAGCAGGACCAGCCAGACAGUCGCAGCGGGGUGUGGAGGAGAUCGAGAUGAAGCUGUCAUCGAUGCUCUGCAGUCAGACGCUCCUGAGAGAUGAUAGCAGUGGCAGACAGGAGCAGGUCUCACCUGUAGAGGUGGUGCUGAGGGAGGAGCAGACCCACUACACCCAGGAUGAGGAAGAAGAAGAGGAGGGAGAUGAGGAGGAUGAGGACGGAGAGCUUGCUCUGUGGUCUUCGGACAUUCAGGUGUUGGAGCUGCAGAAAGAGCGAGACAAAGGCCUCGGCUUCAGCAUCCUUGACUACCAGGACCCGCUGGACCCCGGCAGAUGUGUGAUGGUGAUCCGGUCUCUGGUACCUGGCGGUUCAGCGGAGCUCCACGGCGGUUUGCUCCCCGGAGACCAGCUUGUGUCAGUCAACUGCACCCAGCUGGACAUGCUCAGUCUGGCCGAGGCUGUCGAGGUUCUCAAGUGUGCUCCGCCUGGUACGGUCCGCCUGGGAAUCCGGAAGCCUCUGGUGGUGGAGGCACCAGAGAGGAGGAGAGAGGACAGCAGCACAUCACUACCUGUGGCAAAGGGUUUCAGCGAGGCCGCCAUCCUUCCACAGAGCCUUCAUCUGGAGGAGGAAGAGGAGGAGGAGCCAGAGCUGAUCCUGGAUGCUCUCCCUCGCUACGCCACCUCCUCUCUGACCUCUGACCUCCGGCCAGAGGAGGAAUUCAGGGAAAUGGGUGUUGAUGAAGAGGAGGUAGAGCCGGAGGACAGCGUGAGCCCCGCCCCCGGGAAACCCCCACCAUCUUGGGAAGAGUGGAAGUUGGCCUCCCUUACCCGAGCUGGGGGGGCAGAUGAGGCCUGGAGCAGAGAGAUGCAGGAGGAGGAAGACCUGCAGAGAUCGGACCAUGAAAGCAUUGUGUCUGUGGGAAAGCUGAUUCUGGGUCUUCCGGACUCCAGAGACAGCGAAGCAGACUCUGAGCUGACUCUCACGGACACUGACACAGAGUCUGUCAGGAGGAUUGAUACUGCGAAGAGGAAGAGGCGGAGCCAGGGGGGAUCCUCUCUGCCAAUCAGUGGCCACAGUGACUUGCCUGAAAGAGAGGAGGGGGAAGGACAGGAAACACCUGCCUUCAGCCACUGGGGACCGCCCCGCAGGGUGGAGGUGUGGCCUGAGGAGGGUCAGUCUCUGGGUCUGAGCAUCGUUGGAGGUCGCCAUGUCAUCAAGCGACUGAGGAAUGGAGAGGAACUGAAGGGAAUCUUCAUCAAGCAGGUUUUACCCAACAGCCCCGCCGCCAACACCCACUGUCUGAAGACCGGGGACAAGAUCCUGGAGGUGUCAGGUGUUGACUUGCGAGCUGCCAGUCACGAGGAGGCGGUCAACACGAUCAAAUCUGCCCCGAGCCCUGUUGUCUUCAUCGUCCAGAGCCUGACAGCGACUCCACGGCCCAUGUCUCUGACAGCUUCAACCAUCAGCAGAUCCCAAACGAAGAGGAUGGAGUCUCCGAAAUCAGAGGUAGUGCUGCCCCCCCCGAGACAGCCCCCACCCUACAGGCCUCCCAGCUACUCAGACAAGGAGCUAAACUCUGACUUGGAGGAGGCCAAAGAGCGGUGGUGUGAGCGUUAUGGAGACCUGCGAGGGGAGCUGCUAUGCGUGGAGCUGGAGAAGGAACGGCAGGGUUUGGGCCUCAGCCUGGCGGGGAACAGGGAUCGCUCCCGCGUCAGCAUCUUCGUGGUCGGGCUCCAUCCCGGGGGGCCGGCUGCCCGCGAUGGGCGCAUUCAGAUUGGAGAUGAGCUUCUGGAGAUUAACAACCAGAUUCUUUAUGGGCGGAGCCACCAGAACGCCUCAGCCAUCAUUAAGAGUGCCACCUCCAAGGUGAAGCUCAUCCUGCUCAGAAACGACGAUGCAAUAAACCAGAUGGCCGUCCCUCCCUUCCCCUCUCCCCCUCCACCACCCUCUCUCAGCCCAGCCAGCCCUGAGUGUAUCUCGCCCACCCUGCUCAGUGGAUCCACCCCCUCUGACGGGCCCUGCCCCCCCGACGGCUUGACGCUCCACCCGCUGUCGGAUGCGCCGGACGAGCCAAGCGACGAAGCCGAGCAGAACAGCAGGAGCAGGAACAGCGUCCCCGAGAGUCUGAGAGAGGCCAACACUUUCAGAAAGAGGCUGAAAGCUGCAGAGUCUCCAGAAAAUGAGCUGCAGGCUACACUGGAGCAGCAGUCACACAGUAAACGGAUGGCAGCUUCUCCUCCUCUGAUCAGCCCCGAUCAGCACAGAGACCCAACCUGCUGUGCUGUGGUUCCUGGUCAGGAGACACUGCUCGAGAUCUGCAAAGGUCGAUCUGGACUGGGACUCAGUAUAGUGGGAGGAAGAGACACACAGCUGGAUGCCAUCAUGAUCCACGAGGUGUACGAAGAAGGAGCUGCAGCCAGAGAUGGGCGUCUGUGGGCCGGAGACCAGAUACUGGAGGUGAAUGAAGUGGAUCUCCGCGGGGCGUCCCACGAGGAGGCGAUCGCCGCCCUGCGUCAGACACCGGCUAAGGUCCGCCUGACAGUCCUGAGGGACGAGGCUCAGUACAGAGAUGAGGAGAACCUGGACGUCUUUAAGGUGGAGCUGCAGAAGAAGAGCGGCAGAGGGCUGGGGCUCAGCAUCGUCGGGAAGAGGAGUGGCAGCGGUGUGUUUAUCUCAGAGGUGGUCAGAGGGGGCGCCGCUGAGCUGGACGGCCGGCUGAUGCAGGGAGAUCAGAUUCUGUCCGUGAACGGUGAUGACGCGAGACAUUCCUCCCAGGAAGCCGUGGCUGCCAUCCUGAAGUGUGCUCGGGGUCCUGUCCUGUUGGAGCUCGGCCGACUCAAAGCUGCCUCCUGGAUCACAUCCAGACGUAAUUCACAUGGGAGCCAGAUGAGUCACGCCAGCACAAACAGCUCAGGCGUUCCAGCUCCGUCCCUCACACAGUCACCUGAGCCAUCUGACCCCCCAACCUCAAGCCUGCCCCUCAAUAACAACGCCGAGCCCACUGGUGAAAUCACUUCCUCCACCUCAGGGCUCGACGAAGGCAUCCGAACAGUGGAGAUCACCAGGGGUCUCGGCGACUCCCUUGGGGUGAGUGUAGCAGGAGGGAAGGGCAGUCCUCUGGGUGACAUCCCCAUCUUCAUCGCCAUGAUUCAGGCCAGCGGAGUCGCUGCUAAAACCCACCAGCUCAAGGUGGGAGACAGGAUCGUCAGUGUUAACGGGCAGUCUGUGGACGGCCUGUCUCACAGCGAGGUCGUGGCCAUGCUGAAGAACAGCUACGGAAACAUCAGCCUGCAGGUGGUGGCGGACACCAACAUCAGCGCCAUCGUCUCACAGGUGGAAAGUCUGACCAGCAGCUCCAUUCCCUUGGACAACACUGACACACACACAGCAGAGCCUGACGGUCCACGGCCUCGCAGCAUCAGCCUAGAAAAAGGUUCAGAGGGGCUCGGCUUCAGCAUCGUCGGUGGCUUCGGCAGUCCGCACGGAGCCCUGCCGAUCUACGUGAAGACCGUCUUCAGCAAGGGCGCGGCAGCGGCGGACGGGCGUCUGAAACGAGGCGAUCAGAUCCUGGCGGUGAACGGAGAGAGUCUGCAGGGAGCGACGCACGAACAGGCCGUUGCCAUCCUGAAAAAACAGAGAGGAACGGUCACGCUGGAUGUCCUGUCAUAACACACGACUGCUCACACACCUGCACACACACACGGAGCUCCUGCUGCGACGCACACGCUCAGACUCCUGGACAACAACUCUGAUAGUCACUCUGAACCCCAACACGCAAAAAAUUGACAAAAGAAACGGUGUCAGACACACACACACGCGCGCACUUCCUGUGCACGGGUUGGUGGGUUUUGGCCUUCUUUACAUGUUAAACAGAGCUUCUCAACCUCUGGGUCAGGGCGCCACAUUGGGUCUCAGCUGUGUUCGUGCUUGCUGUUUGGAUCUAAAGUAAACUUCCCGCGCUGUAGUUUUCACGCUGUAAUAUUUAAUCCUUAAACAGGCAUGCCCACGCUUUCUAAAAUACCACAAAUCAAAGAGCUCCUAAACAGAUAAUAAAGUGUAGUUACCUUGCUCUUGUCCACCCUCUUGGACUGCAGUUGGUGGUCCUUCCAGAUGCGCCUUCGGGAGCAGUAACUCAUCUUUGAAGCGCUGCUGGUGAGUUAUUUUGCAUCUGCAGAAUCAGCGGUCACAAACCUGCUCACAGAAUAAUGGCUGUGAGCAGCGUAACAGCUCGAUCCAAAAUACCGCCAGAUCAAUGUUCUGUCCUCCCCCUUUCAUCUUUACUACAAUAACGAGCAGGUCGGUCUGACACCACCCAGCUCAAGCUGUCCUCGACUGUGCAGCAACAUGAGUGGCUCAUUUGUUUCUCACUGGGUGCUGAUUGGCUGAUUUUGCAGUUAAAGCAGUUUUCCAGAACCGGGACGACCAUCACCAAGGAUGUGUAAGUGGAGUCUGCCCAAGGGUAGCUGAACCUGGUCAGCCUGCCUAGUUCGAGAGAAUGAGAACGAGAAGGAAUUUAUUGAUCGCUAAUAAACUGAUCUCGCACCACGUUGUUCUCAGGUAGAGAUAAAAACGAGUCAGCUGAUAUCCUGUAGCAUCAAUUCUGUCCUGUAAUCGUGGAACCGACCCAACCCAACUAUAAAAUCUGAUGUCAUAACCCAGAACCAGGUUGAGAAGCUCUGCUGUUAUUUAUCCUUUGAUCGAGACAACGCUCCGUACUGACGGAGGCAUGGCCAAAUCAGCCUGCACUAACUGAUACUAACUGAGACACGGACUGAUGGGAAACCUUUCACGAAUGGAACCAGAGGAACAAAAAGGGAAAGAUGUGGCUGAUGUUAGCCUAGCAUCUCUUCUGUGGUCCACUGUUAGCCGUGUAGUAGCCGUUAUUGUAAAAGUGAAGACCGAUGUGGAGCGUAACGCCGCUGACUGUCAGCUUCCCUUUUUUUUUUUUUUUUCUGCCAUCACAACCAGCCAAACAUGAAAGAAACAGCUGCUAGCCUUUAGUUUCAUCCUCAUAUUGGCUCUAUACCUGUGAUUUUCCACUCCAAACCUUUUUUUCAUUUUUAAGAACUUUCAUUUGGGUCUAAAAGCACUUUUUCACCGCAGGAACUCAAACAAUGCACAAUCUGGAGCAAACAUUUACAAGAGCAGGCUCCAGUGGUCCUUUCAGACUUUAACCAAUCAGCAUGCAAGGAAGCCGAGCCAGAAAGCACAAUGUUUCCCUAAACCUAAUCAAACUGUAGCUGGACAUAUAUUUUAAAAUAACUAACUGUAAACACCAAGACUGAAAAUAAUUCCACUUCCUGUUUGAUGGUUUCAUCCACGACAACCUGCAGCUCAUGUUGCUAUGUUUGGACUGCAACAUAAACAACACAUAGUUAUGUGACUGGCCAGUUCAAAUAUUUGAGCUUCAUUAAUAAGAUCUUUAAAGAACUUCACUUUUAGUUUUAUAGCUCAAAGGUGUGCAACAGACAGAUGGGAAACUCUAAGGGGGUGGGGGUGUCUCCUGGCAGUUAGACCCUGGUUCCUGCUGUGGAAAAGGUUCAUGUUUAGAUCUGAAAAUUACAGUCAUCGUUGGGUUUUAAUUACUGUUUUGUUAUUUUGCCAAGUAUUGCGCAAGAAAAGUGGCCAAAAAAAUAUAAACCUGUAAGAGCUGAAAUCUGUAAACUUGUUUCCACAUAAAUCGUAGAAGAUGGGAAGAGACUAAUAACACAAAGUUUGUCUAGAAAUGAGGAAACUGUUUCUUGCCAACAUCGCCAUCUAAUAGAAAAUGUUGUGUCCUAAAAACCUGCAAACUGUUCACUCAAAAUCUGGAAAAUGAAAACAGUGGGCGUGAAGCUCAUUGAAAUAUCCCUUCAUAACAGAGGUAUAUUUAUUUUUGAUUCCUUUUUAUUUAUUCGAGUGCUUCCACUGUAUUUCUGUUGUUUAGCCAAACAUGUUAAACGGUGCCAUCAUUUGAUGCCAUCACAUAUCCUCUGUUUCCACGUAUGCUGACUGCUGAACAGAGCACACACAAGCAUACCGAUGUCAAACUCCCGCUUUCUUCCACUGAGUUCAUGCAACACUUUAUAGAACAUGCAAACAUGUCUGUCUCCAUGGAGACUCUCAGGACUUGGUGGGUAUGGAGACUCCUGUCGCCCCUGGCAACAGAUACAGUGUCUUCCACAUUGUAGUUGAAGGAGAUGUGAAUAAAAGCAUCGGGCCGACAUUCAGUGAAAUCCUUGCGUUCUCCGUCAUGUUCUUUUCUUUGCUGCGGUCAGUCAUAGCCGCAAUCUGCUACUGAUCUCUGCAGUGAUGAGGAGGUGUCAACUAGCGACCACAAGCAACCUCCUGCAACCGGUGGUUACCGUGGCGUUCCUGACCGGUCUUUAGGCCUUGCGUUCUGAACCCUCUCACCUCUGAGCAUAAGCACAGAAUAUCGGCUGGUUUCACUCAGGUGUGCAUAAAAGUCCACACUGAGCAGCUUUUUUUCUGGUUUCUUCUCCAUGAGGAGUCUGUCCUGUGUUACCAGCUCUGUAAAACAGCAGAAGCUAACUUGAGAAAAUGUGGAAACUGGACAAGAGCUUUCCCCAGAGCUGCCACAGGCCUUCAAAUUCAGGUCUGCUGGUGGUAGAUAACUGCAGCUAUCUGCAAGUUGCAAAUCUGCAAGUUGCAAAUUGCAACCAAUAAACUUCUAAUAUUAAUUCUCAUCCAGCAUCCAGAUCUUCUCAUUCAACAAAUAUGAGUAGAGCUCUCAGUUUAAUCCCUUUCAUUAAAUACCCAGUAUUUAUGAGCAGCUGUCCUGAAGUGCUAAGAAACUCAGUUUGUUUUAGACUGAGAACACGACGAUCCAACUGAAUGUCAGCAUUUUGCUUUGAAUGGUUUCCUACUGUGCAGGUAGCAGUUUGUGGCUGCGCAUCUUCGUCUGACUCAAGUGUUUAGCAGCAGCUGAGCACCGGCCUCAGCAGCAUCCUGUACUUUAUACAUAUCAAUCAAAUGCAAAAUACUUUAUGUUCAACUUUUACUUUGUCAUAAUUAUUGUCUUAAUUUUUUGGUACUUCAUAUGCAAAUGCCAGAGUAGAUGAAAUCUAAUUUAUUUUUGAUCUUGUUGAGAAUUAACAAUGUAUUUUUGUUGCUGUUGUGUUGUUAUGAGCACUAAUAUGUCCGAAUAUCAGAAAUCAGAGUGGAAACCUGCAGCUUUGGUCUGCUAGCGCUUCCUUGUUAUUCUGCAUCAUUUCUUAAUCAUGUUCUCAGAAGUUGUUGAGAAAAUUUGUUUGAUUUCAAAUAAAUAAUAGAUAAUAGAU